UAUCAUAUGAUUCAUAAUUCGAAUAGAAAUCCAAUAACAGAUCCUUAUUCAUUAGAAGAUCAAUUAGCAAGAGAAUUGCAAAAACGAAAAGUUGAAGAAGAGAAAAGGAGAAGAGAAAUUGAAAGAAUUUGUGCUGAGAGUGAGGAAAUCAAACUACUUAAAUAAAAAGUUUAGACUGCAUAUGUGACCAAAGAGAGAACUUAAUAAUUAGCUGAGCAAUAGUUGAGGAGAAUUUAAGAGUUGGUAUUUAUAGUCAGUUAUAUUUUCAAAAUAGAAAUAAGAAAGUGAGAUAGAAGCAGCUAUUCUUGAAAAGUUGAAAAGGGAACAAGAGGAAGAAAGAUCCAAAGAAAAAUUUAGACUCUAAUAAAGACUAGAUGGGAAAUACGUAUUUGAAUUCAUCAUCAUCAAUAGACAUUAUAAAAAUAAAUGAAGGAACAUGAGCAAUUAAGAGAUGAAGCCAAAGAAUAAUACAUUUAUGAGAAGGAACAAGUUAAUAGAGUCAUUCAACAAUUAAUUAAUGAGGAUCGCAGGUUUUUAGAGGAUUAGGCUAAAAAGAAGAAAAUUGCUUUCUCAGAUAUGCAAAAUGCUUUAAGAGAAAAAGCAGAAUUGAUAUUUAGAAUGAAAUAAAGGGAAAGAGAAGAGAAUCAGAAAUAUUUAGAUUUUAUCAAAGAAAAGGAUAGACAGGCUCAUGAAAUUAAAGUGAAAAAAUAAGAAGAAAAUGCAGCUAAGUAUAAGUCUUUACAAAUUUCUUUAGAGAUAAGAUAUUCCAAAAAUUGAAGGAAGAGGAGGAAAGAAGAAGAUAAGAAGCAGAAUUACUAACUGAACUUAGAUUUCAACUCUAUCAAGAAUAAUACGAUGCUUAGUAGAGAUAAAAAGAUAUUGAUGAAGCUAAUAAGAGAGAGUUUUAGAAAAGAGAGAUGCAGUAGGCUGAACAAGAAGCACGAUUAAAAAAGUAAAGAUAAAAGGAGGAAGAAUAAUAGAUGGAAAGAGAUUUCAGAGAUCAAAUGAUGAGAAAGUUUGCUGAGGAUGAUAAGCUUGAAUAAUUAGGAUAAUAAAAACGAAGAAUGAAGGAAAUGGAACAUAAAAGAGAAGUUGAAAGAUUAUGGCAAUAGAAAUUGGAAAUGUAUCAAAUGGAAAAGCAGAAAGAAAUUGAAUAGCUAGAAAGAUAAAGAAGAGAAGAGGCUUAUAAAUAAUUAGUAGUGGAAGAGGAAAAAAAUCGUAUUCUUCAAGAACAUUUACAAUAAGUUGGAGAAUUCAUUCCAAAAGGACUCCUAUUAAAAUAAGGGGAUUCUCAAUUUAUUAGGUAAGGAUAAUAAAAUGCAAGUUAUUAAUCUGGUUUUAGAAUAUGA